GGGCCAAGAUGUUUCAAAGGCUUUGUUCCGCAGCCUUCCAGCCAUGGCUCACCGCUUCCACAUGAACUUCUCAGGCCAUGAGGAGAACCUCGAAAGCUUGGAGGCGCUUCAGCGACAGCUGCGGAGCCACUCUCAGCAGCUGCGCGCCCAACUGGCGGAGGAUGCCCCUCGAGCGGAGACGCGUAUGCCAGAGACCCGUCCAAUGCAGACACGGCCACUGGAUACGCAUUUGCCAGAGAGGCAUCCGCUUCGUCCGAUGGAGACGCGUUUGCCAGAGCAUCCUCCUGAGACGAGGCCUUGUCCCGCACGGCUGCCGAGCACCCGCGAGCGGCAGCCGUCAUUGUCUCUGAGGUCUGGCUCGCAAGGCGAACCAGAAGCUUCCGGCCCUCUGAGCAGCUCCAAGGUGCAGAGCAUUGCUUCAGACAUUGAGCAGCUGGAAGAUAGAUGCGAUGCGCUGGACCAGCGGAACCGCUGGCUGACGCAUCGGCUCAUGCAGAGACUCCAGGAAUGGAUCGCCCGAGCUCUCACAGGCAACGAGCGCGGCUUGCUGGGCACCGCCUUUCACGCGUGGAAGAAAGCGCGUCGGGGCCUGCAGCUGGAGCAGCUGCUGCAGCGGCAGACGGCCCAGCUGGAGGCCCAGCAGGCGCUGGCCCAACGCCUGGCGGAGGCUCUGCAGGAGGAGCAAAGCCGGCGCAGCGAGGCGGAGGCCGCUGCGGUUCGGGGCCGCUCGCAGCUGGAGGAGCUGCAGGCUCGCCAGUCGCGGCUGGCAGAGCAGCGCCAAGCUUCGCAGGAGGAGCUGCAGCGAAUGAGACGACGCCUCAAGGAGGCGCACGCUUGCUUGGACAACUGCCGCACUACUGGCGAGGACCUGGCAGCGGGCGCGCGGAGCCAUGCGCAGCGCUGCGAGGAUUUGGCCUUCGAGGCGAAGCAGCGCAGGCCGUCCAACAGCAAUGGCAUCCAUAGAGACGAUGCUGUUGGCUACAGCUUGGACGUCCACGCAGAAGCUGAGAGCACCCUGCAGCGGGCGCAUCAGUUGCUGCAGUCCAGGUAAAGACAGACGCUUCGCGCGCCUCACGUCAGCAGUGUCCUUUGCAUCUGGCCC